CUGUUUGCCGCGCAGGCCGGCGGGGCGCAGGACGAGGCGGCGAUCCGCAAGAGCGUCGCCGCCAUGCGCAACAUGAGCGACUCCCAGGUCGAGAUGAUGGCCAAGGCGGCCUCUGUCCUGUCGAAGGGCGCCGCGCGGGCGCGCGCCGCGCGCGACUGGCUCGCCAGCCGGCAGGCGCUGGUCGUGGCGCUGGCGGUGCUGCUGCUGGCCGUGCUGCUGCGCUGGCUGGGGAUCUUGUAA